AUGUCCGCCUCGACACCCACAACCCACGUCAAGACGCGGUUUCUUGUCAUCUCAGAUACCCACGCGUCCGACCCUGAACAAAACGUCUCCGACCAUGACGCACCCUACCGACCACCGCUGCCCAAGGCUGACGUGCUCCUGCACUGCGGCGACCUGACCAUGCUUGGGCACCUUGAAGAAUAUGAAAGAAGCUUGGCGAUGCUAGAAAACAUCGAUGCGGAAGUUAAGCUUGUCAUUGCAGGGAACCACGACAUUACGCUCGAUGAGAGCUACUACGCAAGGAUGGGGCAAAGGAUGCACUGGGAGAGGUGGGAUCAGGACCUACCGGGGAAGGCAAGGGAGAUGUGGUUGGGUGAGCGAGCCAAAAGGGCUGGAGUCACCUAUCUGGAAGAAGGAACUCACAGCUUCGCACUGGCAAACGGAGGGCUGCUGCGGGUAUACGCCAGCCCCUACCAACCUGAGUUCUGCGACUAUGCCUUCCCAUACUCGCGCAUCGAAGACCGCUACAACCCCCCGCACAAGUGCUCACCGUACGUUGUGCCAAUCGCUGAACACCCCGUGCCAGACUGGUCGGAGGUCGAUGUAGUCAUGACACAUGGCCCGCCGAUGGGCAUCCUCGACGCGGUCUACAACGGCGAGCACGUAGGGUGCGAGCAUCUGCUUCGCGCUGCACGGCGCUGCAAACCGCGCAUGCACUGCUUUGGCCACAUACACGAAGGCUGGGGCGCGCAGAAGAUCCAAUGGGCAGAGGGCGACGAGCUGGAUGCAACGCCGCAAGCGCACGUGACGCGCGCAACACCAAUUGACGUGGACCAGCGACAGAUGAAGGACGGGCGGGCAGCAUACGUAGACAUCAGUCGCGGCGGCGACAACGCCGUGGAAUUCGGACGGGACACACUCAUGGUCAACGCGAGUAUCAUGUCGGUUACGUACAAGCCGUCACAGGGCCCGUGGCUAGUGGAUAUGGAUCUCGAGAAAGCGCCUAUCAGUACGACAAGCAACAUCUGA